AUAAAGGAGGACUAUCAGAAUCUCAUGGCAGCUCUGUCUGAGAACGUGUUGACAGUCAACAUGUUACUGAGUGUCUUCUUUCUUCCAGGUAUUUAUGCUAAUAGUUGUGGUGGGAGAACACCACUCGUCACCAUUACUACACCAAAGCCAACUGCAGCACUGAGCGAAUCUUGCUUGAACGUCCCAUGUAGCUUCACAGCUGCACCAGGAAGCACAGAAUUUGACAGUAGUAAAGAAACCCGUGGAGCCUGGAUUAAAGAUAGAAAUGAUAUUUAUAACAUCAAUAAAGGAGUUAAAACAAAUUUUGUAAAUAUUACUGGAAACCUGAGUCAGAAAAACUGCACCUCUCUGUUUUCUAAUAUAAAUAAAAGUCAAGCAGGCGAAUACUUCCUCAGAAUCGAUAAUGGUGACUACAAGACAACAGCUUGUUCUGAUCCGCUUCAGAUAAUAAUUGAAGAUUCUCCUUGGAGUCCCAGCAUUAACAUAUCUGGUGGUGAUCUGAAGGAGCAUCAGUCUGUCACUAUAACCUGCUCAGCUUUGACUCCCUGUCCACACUCACCUCCUGAACUCACCUGGAAUCUCCAACAAGACUCUCACAGACAAACAGAGAAAAACACAGAUGGAACCUUUACAACUAAAAUCCAGGAGAACAUCACUCUGUCAGACACACAUGAUGGAUACAUCAGAUGUUCUGCCAGAUAUCCUGUGAAUGGAGGAAACAAGACAGCAGAGACAGCAGUGACUCUCAGUGUUUCAUAUGCUCCUAGAAACACCUCAGCAUCCAUCAGUCCAUCAGGUUUGGUGUCAGCAGGUAGCUGGGUGGAGCUGAACUGCUCCAGCAGAGCCAAGCCUCCUGCCAGCUUCACCUGGUUCAGGAACAGCAAACAUGGAGCCAUUAAUGUAUCUGUGGGGCAGGUUUACAGCUUCAGUGUCACUGAGGGAGGAGAGUUUUACUGUGUGGCUACAAAUGAUCUGGGUCAACAGAGAUCAUCUGUGAUUCUUGUUAGUUUUGGAGUGUCUGGAGUUGGUGUCUGUAUCACAGUGAAGAUCCUGGGAUUAGUAAUGCUCUGCAGUGCAAUCAUCAUCUUUGAAUGAUUCUUCAAGAAAAUGACAAAGGACACAGAAAAAGCUGUUAACAGGGUGGUGGAGGUUCAGGCACCAUGAACCACAAGGAGAAUAUUAAAAUGUUACUUUUAUUCUCAGAGGCAGGAUUUAUUUUUAUUUUUUUUCUAUUUCUGUCAGUGUAUUUGUUAUUUCAUAUAGUGAGUUAUUUUCUUUCACUGAGGCAUCCAGGCAUGUAAAUAUUUAACAUAAAUGUUCAAAAGAUGUAGAAUAAAAUGUCUGCUAUGCUGUGGAUUUUGCUUUUUCUAAAUAAAAAGGAACAGAAACACAAAGUAUGCAAAUUAAACAGCAGA